CUAGACAGAGCCGUCUGGAGCGAGCGCGCCGAAAAGAUGGAGGUGUCGACGGUUGGAGAGCAGGUUUUCCCCGCGGAAGCUAUUCUGAAAAGCCGCGUUAGGAAAGGUCAAAUCGAGUACCUGGUUAAAUGGAAAGGUUGGGCGCUAAAACACAGCACAUGGGAACCAGAGGAGAACAUCCUGGAUGAUCGACUCAUCAUGGCCUUUGAGCAAAAGUGACGGCAGCAGGAACUUUACGGCCCAAAGAAACGUGGACCUAAACCAAAAAACUUUGUACUAAAGGCACGGGCACAGGCGGGUGAUAGACCUCGAAGCUCAAAUACCCGACGCACUCCACCUCGCACCACUGCCAAGCCUCCUGCCUCUUCCUCUUCUGCAAGUUCAUCCUCUUCCUUCUCUACCGCUCCAACCCCCAGAGUGCACUCUCUCGCCGCUGCUCAUAAACUGAAGAAAGACAUCCAUCGUUGUCAUAGGAUGUCUCGACGACCUUUGCCACGACCCGACCCCCUAGGCGACCCCACAGGAUCCACAUCCUCAUCCCGUCCUCCCAUCUCUCCAUUCUCUGAAACUGUCCGCAUCCUCAACCGCAGGGUCAAACCGCGGGAGGUUAAGCGAGGACGUAUAAUCUUGAACCUGAAUGUCAUUGACAAAUCCGAAAACAGUGGAGUAACAAGUAGAAGGUCACCGCAGUCGUUCGCGGGGCGGGCGAAAAUCCCAUCCCGAAAUCGCAUCAUUGGGAAAAAGCAGGGGGACAUGCCUUACAGGCCUUUCCAGCAUCCUAUGAAGAUGUUGGGCUUCCCGAUGUACGGCCAGCCGUUUGGGCUCCACCCCUGUGGGUCAAUGUCCUCCGUGGCCAAUGAAGAAUCCAACACUGGAGCCAAUCAGAGAGGUGGAAACUGCUGUGAUAGCCAUUCCUCUGCUAAUGCGCAGAAGUUUCAAUAUCAGCCUCCACCUUCUCCAUCCAGCUUCAGUGGGUCUAACAACAGCUCCCCUUCACUUCAGAAACAACCAACUCAACCUGAAGCUCCUACGUCUCCAACUAAAUUGGACUCUGCAGCCUCCUCACGUUCCAGAGAUGCCUCCCAACCUCCCCCAAAGUCCAGCUCUGCGCCAUUCCUCCCUUCCUCACCCUCCUAUUCGUCCUCCCUGUCAUCCUCUCUUGAAGAUGAAGACCAGGGCUCUCCGAAUCUCGCCACUUCUCGGGGCAGAAAACGGAAACUUCGACAUCGAACCCAGGUGGGUCGAGCUUCGGUCUGCCAGGUUAGUGACCGCACUACCACCCCGCAUCCUGAGGAAAAUAGGGAGCCAAAAGAGGGGGAUCCCGAUUGGAACCCUGAAAUGGCACCCAGCUGUACCAAUGUAGUCGUGACUGACGUCACCACAAACCUUCUCACAGUCACCAUCAAGGAAUUCUGCCAUUCAGGAGCGGGUUCUGAACCCUCUUCCCCUUGCCUAGCUGACAACCCACCCUGUCCCACCACAGCUGCCUCUUGAAAGUUACCCUAAACGUUUCCGACAAAAAUAUAUGCCCAUUAAAUCCCAUGAGAACUUGCCAUAAUGAUAUUCAUGCACCUUAAAAUAGUUGGCGUUAAUGAAAUUAAAAUGUAUUUUUGGUGAAAUUAAGAUAUAUUGAAGUAAUAUUUAAAGGCAGGGGUGCUUCCCUUGACCUCUACAUUUUAAACAACAUGCUAUGAUGGUUUUGUAGUACUUCAUGCUUUUCUUCCCCCUCUUUUUUCCCCAGUGAUCCUGUCUUUUUCCCAAGUAAUUGCACCUUGUCUUGUCACCUCCAGUCCAGUAGAGACCGUCAUUCCCAUAUCUCCAGACCUAAAGUUCAGAAUCCACCCAAGAAAUGCUGAUCUCAACAGCUUUCUUAGACUUGAGAUGUUGCACCAAGACAUUUCUAAUCAUUUGAAGUCCAUUUUCAUUGGGAUACUGAGCACAGGAUGCUUCACUCCUGCUUUGGAAGUUCAGCCAGUGUGGGUGAAGAUUGUGUAUCCGCACAAUGAUGCAUUGAUUUCACCAACUUUCUCCUGUGCUGAUGAAGAACCCAAGUCAUUGUGGAGCUUGCUAUAUUACACGGGCGUAGACGUGACUGUAUUUAUAUGCACCAAGCUGCAAAAUCCUGAGGACAGUUAAGUUAUUUCCUUCUGCAUGAACUCCGCUCUGAUCCAGAUGUCUGCCGAGACUCUAAACUGAAGUGUGAAUGCUGAGGACUGCAUCUGCUGUGUGGUACUGUACGUUAAACCUUCCACAUACUCAACUACCCACUUUCCUUAUUGGAGAAGUACCUUCUCAUAUUUGCCUUCUGACUACAAUAGUUUGUGUUUCACAGGGAUUAAAGUUCCGUCGCUACGACGGAUUUCCGUCAGUUC